AUGACUGAUGUUUCAUCCACAUUAUCCUUCGAAAGAAGGAGGCUCCCCGCCAACCUCGAUCGUAUAAAAGCUCACAUUUUUGAAGCUUCGGCAUUUUCUUCAAACUAUCAGGAGGCUGAGGACGAUGAAAUUUUUGAAUUCACCGCAGAGGAUUAUUAUCGGGUUUUGAAUUCCCGGAAGAUGAGAGGGGCAGAAGAACAGGUGGCUUGCAGGUCAAGGAUCACGAAGGCAAUGAUUAGGGUUCGAUGUCCUGAUAAUGAUGAGACAUUGUUAGAGGCCAGUUUUCAUCCAUCGGAAAAGAUUCAGAGCUUGCUUGAUCUUCUCAACAAAGUGGUCGCUCGCCCGUUCCAGAUCUAUACUACUCCUCCUAAGAAGCUGAUAAGAGACAUGGCACAGGAUUUUUACUCUGCUGGGUUUGUUCCUGGUGCAAUUGUUUAUUUAUCAUACCAGUAA